CCCGCGCUGGCAAUGGCCUCUCACCAGGUGAUCACAGUCCAGCCCCAGUUUUCAACUGCCCCACGGGCAGGCGAGUGGCAGACAGGGCUGCUGGACUGCUGCUCUGACUUUGGCGUAUGUCUUUGCGGAGCCUGCUGCCCAAGCUGCCUGGCGUGUCAAGUGGCCGGGGACAUGAAUGAGUGCUGCAUGUGCGGUGCCAGCGUGGCCAUGAGGACGCUCUACCGCACCAAAUACAACAUCCCGGGCUCCAUUCUGGGUGACUUUUUCUCCCUCAUGUGCUGCCCCUUGUGCGCGCUCUGCCAGCUGAAGAGAGACAUCAAGCGGAGGAAGGAGCAGGGCAUAUUCUGGUAA